AUGGCCAAGGCUGAAGAGAAGGUGGGCUCCAGGAGCAGCAUGCAAUGGAGUGCGCUGCCCACAUCGGACAGCAUUGCCAUCGCCAGUAGUAAAACCCCACGAGAAAUCUUGAAGCUCUUUGGGGAUUUCCUGACCCCCACCGAGAGAAGCGAGGUCCUCAACGUGAAUAACGUCUGGUAUUUCGGAGUCCAUAACAAAGGCUUUGGCACUCAAAACCAUGGCUACGAUGAUGUCUUCAACCAUUAUGUCUCGGUCGAGCAUGAGCAUCUCCAUUUCCGAUAUGAGGUGCUGAAGAAGGUGGUCGGACCUUACAGCCAGAUCUUCAAAUGCCGUGACCACAAGACCAACACCCGAGUGGCUGUGAAGAUGUGGAGACAGUCAUUCAGUGCCGAGGAAGACCACAGCCAGUGGAUGGAGUACCACAUCUUGCUCCAACUUCAGGGCUGGGCCAAUGAUGAUGUCAACGUUGACAGAAUCCUCGACUUUUUCACCUUCAGGGGUCACAACUGCCUCGUCAUGCAGCUCAUACCGAAAAGACGUCUGUUAAGUGCCAUUGAUUGCACGGCACCCCAGCACAUUGAGAUGACAAUGGUGAAACUCUUCACCAAGUCGAUCCUCAAAUUCCUCAUUCAUCUCCAUGCCAAGGGAAUCGUGCAUGGGGAUAUCCAGCCGAUAGAGUGA